GGUUUGAAAGAGGGGUUAGAGUGAUGGACAGGGAGCUAGCUAAACGAGUGGGAGAGCUUCAGCAGUUGGAUGACCAUGAGAAAGGAAAAGCUUUUCUGCUUCUUUCAGGGAUGGCACCGGCGUCGGUGGAGAAUCUGGCAAUGUUGCCAGAUGGCGCGUUUGCGGCUGUGUUGAAAUUGAUGCUUCGUCCAGAUCGAGAUGAAGAAUGGGCAAACACGGUAUGUAUCCCGUUCAAAAAAAUCCCAGUUUCUGCUCAAGAUUUAGAGAUUGCUAUCAAUGCCCCACUCUUGGCUCCUUUGCCUGUGUCAAGAAAAAGGUUCAACGAGCUAGAGAGAGCUUUCGGAGCAAAAGCAAAUGAGCUAUUUGUAACUCCUGAUCGUUUCUUUACCGAAGACAUCAGUGGGCUUGCUUCUCUCAUAUUCAGCCCACUCAAUGCCAAUGCCUCGGAAGGAAUUUACGAUCUUUCGUUGCCACACUUGUGGAACCUCCUUGUUUCAGUGCUCGAGGUUUGGCCUAUCACCGUGAGUCGCAACUUCUGUGAUCAUUCAUCCUCGACGUCCAAGAAAACCAGGCCGGACUUGCUGUUUUGGGCCUACGAUCGCUUGGUUUUGAAGACCGAACAUAAGCGCUACGAGAGCGAGCUUUUUGAAGCAUGGGAUGACUUGCGAUCUAAAAUGACGUCGCUCGAUAAGAUCUUCUAUGGAAAGAUCGAGUGGAUACUGGGCCUUGCAACGGCGGCAGGGAAGUUCCGAUUUGGAGCCUUCAAGAGGGGUGAAGAUCAACACCUUACACCUGAAUGGAACCUUGCAAGCAUCAAAGAUCGGUACUCUCUGCUCCAAGCCUCCAUCAACAUUCUCAGAAUCACGCUCUCGUGGCAGUCAGUUUUCGAAGAGCAUCCCGUGCGACGCCCUUUCGCUUCCUUUGAACCAGUAACAUAUGGAGACCCGUGGUCUCCAGUGACGAGGAGCUUCACUGUUGUCGAUGGUGUUCCAACAAAGACGAUUCGGCCAUGGUCUACACACGUUGGUUUGCACUUCACGAAGUUAGAGUAUGUUCAACAAGCAUAUAACUUGGAUGACGCAGCAGAGACCCUCAUCAACGGAACUACGUGUGUGAAGCAGGGGUGGAAGGCAGAUGUCUACACUGUUGAGAUGGAGGUGCUAGGUAUCUCCCAGUUGCCACGAGGCCAUGAACUGAAAGCUGCUGUCCUUGAUGUGCUGAAGGCACUGCAGUCUCUCCACAAGCAUGGCUUUGUUCAUCGCGAUGUCCGCUGGAAGAAUGUGGUUCUUGAUAUAUCGGAAAAGUACUGGGUUCUAAUCGAUCUCGAGACGGUGUGGGUGGACAACCGUGUUCCAGAGUGUCGACCUCUCCAAACCUGGGAGCCAGGUACACUGGACGACGAUGGAAGAUAUACAGCGGCUUCCGAUCUCUAUCUCGUGGGCUUGAUGCUUUUUCGCUAUGAGCUAACGGUGGCAGGGAAAGCUUUUCAAGAUUCUUUGCUGCGGAAGGAGUUCCAGAGUGCCGCGGCAGCAAUCACAGCUCUGACAUCGUUGGAACUGAGCGAGGAACUGUUCUAAGCGAGGGAGAAAGACUUGUUACAUAUAGAUAGAAGGAUCAUCAUGCUUUCAACAAAACGCGGAUCAUGUCGAGAUA